GCGUGAUGCCGUGCGCUACUUAACGCACUGACUACCACACCCUCCUAGAAGGAAGCAAUCUAUAGGGUGUAUCAUCGCACUACCUACAGAACUGUAUUUCGUUAUUGUUAAGCAACGUAUUUAUACGCAUAGUGCGGUGUCGUAUUUUGCCUAUUUACGGUGCUACGGUGCUAGUACACGCUAGCGCGGAGCAGACAUUAGGGAGAUGCGUGCUCUGAGAUUGUGCGCCUUGCUGGCCUUGCUUCCUCUCGCCUUACCCGAUCGAUGCCCUCCCCGCAAGUUAAUUCGCCCCUGUAGAUGCGACACUGACCUGGAGGCGCCGUCGGAGAACGCGCAUGCCGUCAAGCUGACAUGUAGACGACUGGAGAUUAAGCGCCUCUCAGCCAUCGCCACCUCACUGAAGCCCUACAGCUUCCAGACGGUGACGCUCGACAGGUACGCGAGCACGACCCUGCCUGACAACGGGACGCUCGCACCGCUUGAUACGCGGCACUUCGUCAUCAGGCGCGCGCGCAUUACAACGCUCGGCCGAGGCACCUUCGUCGGCAUGCGUCGCCUAGCGGCUGUUAAGAUCACCGACUGUCGUCGCCUGAGGAGCAUCGGUAAGGGCGCAUUCCGUCGGCUACCAGCGUUGCUGAGCAUCAAAGUAACGGGCACUCGUCUGCGGCGUCUGCCUUCGCGCGUCUUUCACGGCGCUAAGCGACUCCGCUAUCUGAACCUCAGAAACAACCGACUAAAGGUAUUCCAACCGAAAGCGUUUAAAGGUUUAAACUCGCUUACAGAGCUGAACCUGGAUGGCAACCGGUUCACGCGCGUUAGCGACGGUGAGUUCAAGUACUUGCCGAGCGUUCAGCGUCUGACGCUUCGCGACAAUAACAUAACGCAGCUCGGCUACCAGGCCUUCUACGUGCUCGGCAGGCUGGCGCAACUCGACCUGUCGCGCAACGCCAUCGGUAAACUUCCGUUCGGCGUGCUGUUUCCCCUCGGUAGCCUCGAGAUGUUAAAUAUGACCGACAACGCGCUUGCCGACGUUAUGGUCGGCACGUUCAGCCGUAACCCAGUGCUCCGCUCUGUCGAUCUGAGCGGCAACAAUAUCGCCAAGAUGCGCGUCGGCGCCUUCACCGGCCCGUCACUGCUCGAGUCGCUCAACUUGUCGCGUAACCGCAUACGGCGCCUUCCCGUCGGCCUGCUAGACGGCCUCACCCAUCUCUCCGUACUUGACGUGUCAAGGAAUCGGCUCUUCCGCGUCGCCGACGGCGCGCUACGCACGAACCGCACGGGCGCCUGCUUCUGUGCGCCGUCUUUGCGCGACUUGUCACUAGCCGACAAUGGGCUGCGGCGGCUUGCACCCAGCAUGUUCUCCUACAUGCCGGAUCUGGUGACACUGCGACUCGAGGGCAACGCGAUCAGGGCCGUGCCGCAUGACGUGUUCGUGCCGAGCAAGAACGACUGUGGAUGUCAUGGCGGCGUGGCUGCGCUGCGGCACCUGUCGCUCGCCAACAACAGCAUUUGCUUUCUCAACCCGGAUACGCUCACGGGAAUGUCGGACCGUUUCGAGAGUCUAGAACUGGAAGGAAACCCGUUUCACUGCGACUGCUGUGCUGACUGGCUAAAGUCAAUGGCGCUAAUAAACACUAACAUUACCGAAUACAUGAAGGCCCGAUGUACUAAUCUCAGCGACAGAUUUCUGACGGAGGUAGAUUCCCGGGAGCUUAUAUGUGAUGGCGGUGUUAGGCAAUGCGAUCCGUACAGUCCUCCGCGUGCAUGCGCGAACACAUGAUCGCAGAAGAAGCGUCUUAGAGACGUCCCAAUCGAAAUUAUUGCAUGGAGGUGAACCUUUUCAUCACCCACCCCGUUACGUCAGUCGGUCUACGCAGUCACACACGACUAUGGAAGAGGCGCAGCAAUGCCGAGGUGUCCCAAUAUAUAGGGCCUCGUAAUAAUGUUAAAUGGGAAAACGGCAAUUACAUCAUUCGAUGUGUUCACAUAUAAUAAGUGAUCGUGGGAGUUACGGAAUUAUCAUGAAAUCUGGAAAAUUAUUUAUUGGAUAAUCAACAGGCUAAAAUGUGAGGAAUAUCCCGAAAGCAAAGGCAUGUAGCUCGUUCUAGACAUUUUCUCCUUACAGGAUUGUUUAUAUAAAUAAGACGUUAGAUUUAUUUUUGUGUUAUUUCGUCGGUUUCUUGCGCUUCUCUACUUGCUCUUGGCGGCAACUUGCUCUAGUAACACACCGGUUUGCACAACAACAUAAAUGAGUUUGAUCACACAAACAUGCCCCUCCCUUAACGCACACACGCAGCGAAAGUAGCAACUUAUUCAGUUAACAGAAUAAUCAUUUAAAAGAAAAACGAACCAUCAUCGUUAAGCUGAGAAACGUGCACAAUGGCAGGGGUAUUGAAAUACAUUUUUUGAAAUUUUAGUGCAAGUGCUAAACACAUUGGCAUGAUGUUUGAAACAUUCUAGUCGUAAGUGUAGUUUGUUAUUACACGUCGCACAUGUCAUUCGCUAUUUUCCUAUAAGUAUAUGUUCUUGAAAUGUUAUCUUUACAUGCUGUAAUAACUGUUCUCGAUUUUACUCCAUACUAUCAAAUGGUGUUUGUCGAUCCUUAUGCAUUAGCUACGCUCAUCAGGUAAGCUUGUCUGCAGUAUAUCAGAACAGACUUCGUAUGUGCCCCUGGUGUUGAAUGUAUCUGUACCAUACAUAAUAAUGAUUCUGUAUAGCCGGA